GUUUGCUACCACAAAAAUUUCACUCUACCACCUCCGACGCUUUCUGAACGCGAGAAUUCCGCUCUAUUGAACUUCUGGAUCCAUUCCCUCAACUCUCGAAAUUUUUCUCUUCCCGUGCAUUACCGUCUUGCAGCGUUCACCUUCUUCGUAUGAACAUGUCAUUCCGCAAACUCUUCAUCGCAUGCAUUGUCCUCGUUGGCUGUCUCGAGGUGCUUGCUUUGCCUGUGGAUUUUGGGAGGUUCUCUCCGCGGUCGGGAUACCCAUCGACUCGAAUGAUCACUUCUACCUCUGAAGCUCACGAUUCUGGUGAUGACAAUGCCAUCAGUGGGCUCGAACGACGUGAUCGUUCAUCUGCUGGCUUCGUUAUUAUCCCCAAAUCGGACAACCUUUUUUCCAAAUUGUCCUCUCAGUCAUCAUCUUCUGCAGCACUAUACGCACUUGUCUUCAAAGGCCGUCAUUCCUUCAUAAAGGAAGGGGAUAAAGUUUUCUACAAAGUCCCUCCGCGUUCCAUGACCCAUAAAAUAAAAGACUUGGGCAUUUCUGUCGACAUUCGACUUCCUCAGAAUUCAAAACAAAUCGAUGCCAAAGAUCGGGCCACUCUCACGGACUUGGAGAGGGUAACCCAAGGGAGCCAUGGAUGCACCUGGAUGAUGGAAGCGCUGGAAUACCUAACGAAGGCUUCACAGGCAAAGGGGACGGAAGUAGGCUUGUCGGAGAAGGAGGAGGAGGACGCUAGGUAUUGGAUUGCUUCCAAAGAGGGAGAAUUGGGGAUUGCUUCGAGUUGUGGCAAGAAGAUUAUGAGGCCUGUCACAGCUGUCAAUAGUCCUGUGCAUCAUGCCAUUGUCGAAAGCCCUACUGAAAUGGACGUGGACUAUUUUUCACCAAGCUCUUUACAGGCCCUCAACGACUAGAAUCUCCUGCAAAACCUCACCCGAAAUAGCGUAGGGCGUCAGGCCGGGCGGGGUUCUGGGGGCCUCCCUCGACUGAUGUGGGUCAGUGGCAGCACUAUUGGUUUUCUAAAUAAAUAUGAAAUAGACGUAUUUUUUUUACGGGUAUGAAUAUAUGUAUUAAUUGUGGCGGAAUCAGCACAACCACCGUUGUUCGCCGUUUCUGAGAAUUUUUGUACGUCAUAUGUAUG